AUCAUUGUUAGCCAUUGCUUUCAUAGAAGUGAUAUUAUUAAUGGUUGUGAAUAUUUGUAAAAAUAUUAAAUGUUUUGUCAGUACUGAAUCAUACUCAUUAUACAUAAUUUCAAUAUCAGUAAUUGUACAAACAGUCUUGUUCAUUAGUUGUGGUUCUUUAGCCGAUCAUGGAAAAUUUCAAAAAGUGUUCGCCUUGCUUUAUGCCUUUAUAGGUGGCAUUUCGACGAUUUUGUUUGUAACUAUUACUAGUCCUCAAUUAUAUUUAUUGGCUGGAGUAUUCGCUAUUAUAUCAAAUAUUUGUUAUGGAGCAACAAACAUCUUUUCGGGGGCUUAUAUCCCACCAUUUGCUCGAAAUCAUCCAAAAGUUAUAGAAGCAAGACUUUCAAAUGAGCCUAUCACUGAAAUUAAAAAGUUGGAAGACAAAAUGACUGUUAAUUUAUCAUCUCAUUCAUUGGUUGCAGCAAUUUUUGCUUGUAUGUUAGUAAUGUUUUCAGCGAGUGCAAUUCUUAUAUUGACAAGAGGUUCGUCGUAUGGCACUCAGGUAGCGUUAGCAUUUUCAGGAGCUUGUUGGUUGAUUUUAUUAAUAUUUCCAGCAAUAUGGUUAACUAUUAGGCCAAAACCUCCUUUACCAGAGGGAGAAAAUUAUUUAUUAUACUCUUGGAAACGUGUAGGAAAAACGUUAUUAUCAACUCGAUCGCUCUGGCAAACGAUGAAAUUUCUUUUUGGCUGGUUUCUAAUAUCUGAUGGCGUAAGCACGUUAGUAGUAGUCGGAGUUUUGUUCGGUAGAAAACAUCUUGGAUUGACCGACGUCGAACUGAUUCUAAUGGCAUCACUAAUCCCAGUAUUCGAAAUAAUGGGCAUAUAUAUAUUUUUCUUUUUACAAAAAUUAUUUCAUUUGACUGAAAAAACUAUCGUUAUAAUUACCUCUGUAUUUUCAAGUCUAUUACCAUUAUAUGUGUUAUUGGGUUAUUGGUUACCAAUUGGACUAAAUAACAGAUGGGAGAUUUGGCUGUACUUGUUAUGGUUUGGGAUUUCUAUUGGUGCAAUAUCUAAUUACUGUCGAGCCCUCUUUUCUAUUAUGGUACCUAUAGGGCAUGAAAAUGAAUUUUUUUCUUUGUUUCAGAUAACUGCAAAGGGUUCGAGUUGGAUAGGAACCAUUGCAUCGGGAAUUAUUGUAAAUAUUACUCAUGAUACAAGGAGUCCUUUUUGGUUUUUACUCGUAGUAAUUGCUUUCCCUGCUAUAAUAUUUUACACGGUUAAUGUUGAGAACGGUAAGGAGGAUGCCGAAAAGUAUUCAAAUAGAGAAAAGAAAGCCGAUCAUUAUUAA